GCUGGAAAUUUACUCAACAUUAUGGAAGACAAAACUGAAGCUAUCAACAGAAAUUAUAUCAAACACUUAUUUCUGGAUUUAUUUGCUGCCGGUACUGACACAACUUCCAGCACACUGGAAUGGGCAAUGGCGGAACUCCUCCAUAAUCCUGAAGCUUUAUCAAAAGCCCGAUUGGAGCUGGAGCAAACCAUAGGCAAAGGGAACCCAGUUGAGGAAUCAAACAUCACUCAGUUACCUUACUUACAAGCAAUCAUCAAAGAAACUUUCAGAUUGCAUCCACCAGUUCCCUUUUUAAUUCCCCGCAAACCCUCGACAGACACGGAAAUCAACGGCUUCACAAUCCCGAAGGACUCACAAGUUCUAGUCAAUGCAUGGGCGAUUGGCAGAGAUGCAAACACAUGGAACAACCCCAACACUUUUCUCCCCGAAAGAUUCUUGGGGUCGGAUGUUGAUGUAAAAGGCAGAAACUUCGAGCUCAUUCCAUUUGGUGGGGGGCGGCGAAUCUGCCCCGGUUUGCCACUGGCGACGAGAAUGCUGCAUUUGAUGUUGGGUUCGCUUCUUAACGGCUUUGAUUGGAAGCUUGAAGAUGGUGUUACGCCUGAGAAGAUGGACAUGGAAGACAAGUUCGGCAUCACUGUACAGAAAGCGCGGCCGCUUCUUGCUGCCCCAGUUGCGUGCAAAUAGAAUAAGUUUGACUUGUCUGAAUUAUCUUUAUUUU